CUCCCUUCCCUCCCUCUCCCCUCCCCUCCCUCUUUCUCUCAGUGUUUGGUUUCUAGUUUGAGGGUAGGGCGAGACAUGAAUCGACAGGAAAUCUGACUCACAGCCUCCCUGCCUCCCUGUCGCAACACAACCACCCCAGACUCAAACACACAAGAUGCUCCUGUUCCGAUCCUCGCCGGCUCAGUUCUCUGUAACUGCGCGGGAGGCUGGGCUGCACGGCUGGCGCAUUGAGAAGCUGCAGCCCGUGCCUCUGCCUGCGGAUCAGCUGGGAUCCUUCUUCACUGGAGACGCCUACCUGGUGCUGAGCAACCGGGGCGAGGAGAGCAGCCUGCACAUGUGGAUCGGUGAGAAGUCGUCCCGGGACGAGCAGGUAGCCUGUGCCAUGCUGGCCACUCAGCUGGAUGAUUUCCUGGGUGGGAACCCGGUGCAGCACCGGGAGGUGCAGGGGUUCGAGUCCCCCGAAUUCAUGAAGCUCUUCCCCAGAGGAGUCACCUACAAGGAAGGGGGAGUGGAGUCGGGGUUUAGGAAGAGCCGGCCAGGCUCCGCCCCUCCGAACCGACUGUACCAAAUCAAAGGGAAGAGCAACAUCCGAGCGAGAGAGGUGGAGCUGAGCUGGGGCAGCUUCAACAAGGGAGACUGCUUCAUACUGGAUCUGAACCAGGUGCUGAUCUCUUGGAGCGGCUCUCAGGCCAACGUGUUUGAGAAGCAGAAGAUGAACGAGAUCGCCUCCCUGAUCCGAGACACGGAGAGGCUGGGCAAAGCCACGGUGCGCUCCGUGUGUGAGGGGGAGGAGCCACCGGAGAUGCUACAGGUUCUGGGACCAAAGCCGGCGCUGAAGGAGGGCUCUCCGGAGGAGGAUCUCCAGGCCGACACCUCUAACUCCGCCUCCCUUUACAAGGUGUCGGACGCUACAGGGGCGAUGAAGCUCAGCAAGGUCUCGGAGAAGAGCCCCUUCGGUCGGGAGCUGCUGGUUCGAGAGGACUGCUUCGUUCUGGAUAACGGAACCAACGGCAAGAUCUACGUGUGGAAAGGCAGUGGGGCGAACGCAGAGGAGAAGGCAGCGGCUCUCAAAGUGGCUGAUGAUUUCAUACAGCAGAUGAACUACUCCAAACUCAAGACUCAGGUUGAGAUCAUCCCUCAGGGCAGGGAGGGUGUCCUGUUCAAACAGUUCUUCAAGUCCUGGCACUAGGAGUGCUGUUCAGAUGCUGCUUUUGUAUUUGAUAUCCCAGCUGUCCUGAUCUCAUGUUUGCUGAACAGGAGCUACAAUCCCACUGCGCUCCGUGUCUGACUGUAAGCCUGCAGGUGCAAUAAACUCAGUGCAGCAAUCUGAAAA